CUUCGUUCUCAAAAUCUUGUCGCUUCUUUCGUCUCUGCGUUUAUCUCUAUCGGGAUCGAAAUAGCAACUUUACGUCCGCGAUUUGAUCGAAUAGUCUGCUUCUAUGCCAUUUUGCCGAGGUCAAGUGUGGUAACCUCAGUGAGUUAUUUAAGUAAACUUCUACGAUUCAGCUGGUUGUGAAAAAGCUUUCUUGUUGAAUGUUUGAGGUCUUGCAGCUUUCAUUAGAAAAUGGGACAAGUUAAGGGAUGUUGGAAAUUAGGACGAAUGCUUCCAAGGGAUAAGUCUGCAAACUCCUACAACGUCUCCCUUCUGUUAUCUCCGGUUGUUUCUGUUUGGGAUUGUAUCGUCCGUAAAAUGAGGUAUACCUACAUACCUGAGUGGGUGUAGUAGUCAUUGAGAUCAUCGCGCUCCCUGGUUCAGUGAGAGUGGUUUUAGUUAUUCAGUUGGUAGAAGAAGAAGCAAGAUACCAUUAUGUAUACGUUUUAGUUUUUACUCUUUGUAGAGUAUCCAAAAGCCAGGCAAACAAAGACUUUUAGCAAUCAUGGAUAACAGUAGCUUGAUGCAGCCGAUUGUUAGAAAAGCCAGGAAGAAGAAAGUAAAACAUGAAGUGGACCGAAUCAAACAAGCUGAGAAGAAAAAGAGACGUCUUGAGAAAGCUAUUGCUACUUCUGCAGCGAUUCGGGCUGAGCUAGAGAAGAAGAAGCAAAUGAAGAAGGAAGGACGGCUAGACGCAGCAGUUGAAGAAGAUUCAGCAGAUGCUGCAAACAAUAAGCAGGAGAGAGACGAACUGGAGUGUAGCAAACAAGCAGAGAAGAAAAAUAAAAAUAUUCGGCUGGAGAAAUCCAUCGCUACUUCUGCAGCCAUCAUGGCUGAGCUAGAGAAGAAGAAGCUUAGAAAACUUGAGGAACAAAAGAGAUUGGAUGAGGAAGGUGCCGCCAUUGCUGAGAAGAAAAAGAGACGUCUUGAGAAAGCUAUUGCUACUUCUGCAGCGAUCCGCGCUGAGCUAGAGAAGAAGAAGCAAAUGAAGAAGGAAGGACAGCUAGACGCAGCAGUUGAAGAAGAUUCAGCAAAGAAUAAGCAGGAGAGAGACGAACUGGAGCGUAUCAAACAAGCAGAGAGGAAAAAGAGACGUCUUGAGAAAUCCAUCGCUACUUCUGCAGCCAUCAGGGCUGAGCUAGAGAAGAAGAAGCUUAGAAAACUUGAGGAACAAAGGAGAUUGGAUGAGGAAGGUGCCGCCAUAGCAGAGGCUGUUGCUCUGCACGUCUUACUUGGCGAAGAUUGUGACGACUCAUACCGAAACACGCUAAACCAAGAAACAGGUUUCAAGCCAUGGGACUCAACUACCAAAUUCAAUCUUUUUGGUGGUGGAAGAAACAUAUUUUGUCCUCACCAACGGUGCUCGAGCUAUGCGGUUCAUAGUAAUAACAGAACAAGAGAGAGUAACUGGUCGUCAGUCUCAUAUGAGCCUUUCGCAAGGGGAUGGGAUAAUAACAACAACAACAACAACAUGAGAAUAUCAGCUGAUUUGAUUGCUGCUCAAGCUGUGUCGUCACUACAGAUCUCUGAGAAUACUGACGUUGACGCCAUUGUCUUCAAUGGGAUGUUCAGAAGAUGACAGUUUCAAAAUUCCCAAAGAAUAAAGCAUUUGUAACUUAUUAAAAGUUGUGCUGUUUUUAUUUUACAUACCAAAAAAACAUUUUCGUCUCUUACACUGUGAAAAUACUUUCAUCUCUCUUUGGCUUAUUACUGAAGUGAGACUCAUAUCAUAUGAUCUGUGAUUUUGUUUC